GUAUCACUCGGGCCGAGCGGAAGUCGGUCGGGUUGUUUCGGUCAUUUCCUCCCGUUAGCCUGGUCGUCUUGGUUUAAAAAUUUAAUCUCCGUGAAGUGAAGCGAGAGAAGAAAACAUCUUAGCGUCGUUUCUGUCGACGGGCUGUACCGUCAUGGCAGAGGAGAGGCGCGUUUAGGCAGGAGACAAACAUCAACUCUGGACAGGAUCCUGAUCACACUGCAGACACCAUGAGGUGACGACUGUGAAAUCUUGUACUUUUUUUUUUUGCCAACGUGAACAUAUGGCAAGGAUCACUUUUUCCUGCCUGCCGGCCUCCUGGUACUGCAGCGUGUCCCUGCUGUCUCUGGGCUGUGCUCCCAGGCAGAGGCUGCUGCUCCUGCUGAUACUCUUCAUCACUUCUGCCACCCUCCUCCUGGGAACCUACCAGAGGCAGCUAUGGGGCUCGCAGCGACGGCCCAAGGCCCGAGUCAACAUGUACCUCUCCCUCGCAGAGUCCAUGGAGGCCACUGACGUUCUCAACCCUGCUCUGAAUUACGGGAUCGUGGUGGACUGUGGCAGCAGUGGUUCUCGGGUCUUUGUGUACUACUGGCCGCCACAUAACGGGAACCCUCACACCCUGCUGGACAUCAGACAGAUGAAGGACCACGACCGCAAACCAGUCGUCAAAAAGAUCAAACCUGGUAUCUCCACCCUGGCGAAGACACCGGCACAGGCCAGCGACUACCUCCAUCCUCUCCUCAGCUUCGCUGCUGCUCACGUCCCACAGAACAAACACAAAGAGACACCACUUUACAUCCUCUGUACUGCUGGCAUGAGGCUGCUGCCAGAGAGCCAGCAGGCAGCCAUCUUAGAAGACCUGGUCACUGAUGUUCCCCUGGAGUUUGACUUCCUGUUUUCCCGUUCCCAUGCUGAGGUCAUCUCUGGGAAACAGGAAGGAGUGUAUGCAUGGAUUGGCAUUAAUUUUGUGUUGGGCCGGUUUGAUCAUGCUGAUGAGGAGGAUGCCACAGUUGAAGUAACAACAGGGUCUCAGAACCAGCAGCCAAUCAGCAGGCGGCGCACAGUGGGCAUCAUAGAUAUGGGUGGAGCUUCCUUGCAGAUAGCCUAUGAGGUGCCCAGCGCCAUCACCUUCAGUUCACCACAGGAAGAGGAGGCAGGGAAGAGCGUCCUUGCAGAGUUUAAUUUGGGUUGUGAUGUUGAGCACACACAACAUGUUUACAGAGUGUACGUCACCACGUUCCUCGGCUUCGGAGGAAACAUGGCCAGGCAGCGUUACGAGGACCAGCUGGUCAACAACACGCUGGCAAAGAACAGGUUUCUGACCACGCAGACAGGCCUGAACGAAGACAAGCCAUACCUGGAUCCCUGUCUGCCAGCCGGUCUGUCAGACACAGCUGUGAGAGAUAACAACACGUUAUACUUGCGGGGUCAGGGUGACUGGACGCGGUGUCAAGAGGUCGUUCGACCCUUCCUGGGCCUUCACAACGGCACCAUGUCACCAGGGGGCGUAUACCAGGCUCCUAUCAACUUUAGCAACAGUGAGUUCUACGGCUUCUCCGAGUUUUUUUACUGUACGGAGGACGUGCUGAGGUUGGGAGGACAGUAUGACAGCGAGAAAUACUCCCGAGCUGCUAUGGACUUCUGUUCCACCAAGUGGUCGACACUGAAACAGCGUCUGGACAAUAAACUUUUUUCUCAGCAGGCCGACCUCGGCAGACUUAAGUAUCAGUGCUUCAAGUCUGCCUGGAUGUACGAGGUGUUGCACUCAGGCUUCCGUUUCCCCACCAACUACGCGAGUCUGAAAACAGCCCAGCUAGUUUAUGACAAGGAGGUCCAGUGGACUCUGGGAGCCAUCCUGUUUAAAACCCGCUUCCUGCCUCUCAGGGACCUGCGGCAGGAAACAUUGCGGCAGAGCCACCCCAGCUGGCUGCGCUCCUCCUUCGUCUACAACCACCACCUGUUCUCACUCUGCAUCCUGGUGGUGGUGCUGGCCAUCCUGCUUUACAUCCUACGCCUGCGCAGGAUCCACCAGCGAGAGCAGCGGCAGGCCGAGGUCUUGAACCUCAUCUGGGCUGAGGAGGGAGAAGCCCUCCUUCCCUGAAAGAUACGUCUGUGAUGGGGCAUUACACACCGAUAUCCCGCAGGGUCUUUUGUCCUCCAUGACAUGUUUGGCUUUUGGAACCAAUCCACAAUACAAAAACUAAGUAAUGUGAGUAUGGAGGGCAAAUACACAACCUGGAACUCACUCACCAGCCGAGGGUGUGACUUCGCCUAUGAGGACAUAUGGGAAGACCCAUAUAUUUUAUUGUGGGGAAAGACAUCACAGUACAGAGACACUUUAAUGAGCCUGGAAAUCAAACAGCUCUGUACAUUCUUUGAUCGUGCAGCUUUAAACACAGAGCCAAUCUCAGGCUGGAAAGAUCUUCUCUGUGUUUACUUACUUCUCUGUAAGACUAUUUUAGAAAAGAGGAAUCAGCUCGGCAGAGUUCGUACCUCAGAUCCAAAGCCAUGUUUCAGCUUUGUCUAAUGGGUAGUCUGGACAGUUAUCCUGGAUUCAGUGGGUUGAUAAGUGCUGAACAAGAAGACAGAGGUGGUAAUACUCUCCAACAAAGGAUUAUGGAUUUGAAGACUUGUAUUUUAGCUGUCUGAAGGCGCAGCAGAAAGAAAAGCAGCCCAUCCACCCAAUUAGGAUUCAUAUAUUUCUUUCCACGAAGAAGCCAUAUUAGUCGGUCUGUUCACAGUGAAACGCAACCAGUUCUAUGGCCAUUCAUCACGACAUGACAGCCUCGCUGUACUUUCAGGCUCUGUUUAUGUCAUUUAUUAUGGCUGAUAGAGAUGGGGAAUAUUCCCGUGUUGUCACUAGAUACAAGACUCAUUUGAUGAAUAAAAAUGCAUUGCAUUGACAAUGCACUCAUUUUAUAUAACAAUAUACAAUUUGUUGUGCUGUAACAGGAGUGUGAUGGAACCUUCAGCAUGCUAAUUUUACUUCAUUUUUUAUAUUAAAACGUUAAUUUAUCUUCAAGUACAGCAGAGUUUAACAGUCCAAACCGAGACUGGAGAAAGCCGGGCCUGAAAAUUGACAUUUAUGCCACUUGUGAAGAAGAUCUGGAUCCUUGUUUUUUAGUUAUCUGCCAGAGAUUGUAUGACUUCCUAAACGUAAUAUUGCAUCACUGGUGCUCCAAAUAUUUCUUGUGCACGUGACCCUUGAGUGUCAGAUGACAGAUUUAAACAUGACAUUCCCACCUCCAGACAGAAAAAUCAAAAGUGAAGAAGUUGUCGAGUCGAAUUUUCUUUCACCUUGAAUCUCCAAAUACUUCUUUCACCACCGUCUAGCAGUGGAAAUGUUCACACCCCUGAAGAGAUUCAGCAUCGCACUUUGGUGCGGGGUGAUAUCGCGGCAUGAGUGCAGCAGUUCAUUUCUGCCAUCAAAGAUAUUGUUUUAUCUUCUCCUCUGUUCGUCCCGAUGGGAUGACUUCCUCGAAAGCAAUCCUGCAACACCGAUGAUGUCAGCUGCAGAGCUCAAGCCCUCAGAUUGUGCUUUGAUACUUGAAUGCCACUGUUAUCCUGCCAAGACCCCAGUCCAGCACAGAUUUCUAUCAAAGGAACGACAGAGCCAAGAGGCAUUUUAGCCUGAAAUAAGCAGAGAGACCUGCUCAGUGUUUAGAUGAAGGUGCUGAAAGCAGAUUAAGACCCCAGAGGCCUGAUUCAGGCAGAUGCUGUCUGAUUUCUGAAUGCAAUAACUCCAUGAAAGGGAAGAAGCUCUCAUGCCACUGGCUUAAAUGAAUGCUUGUGUGUUUAACAUUUAAGGUUGUUUUCAAAAUGAAAAGCCAUUUUUGAGUAAAAAAAAAAAAGCCUUACCAUGAAGGUUUUUAUCAGUUUUUGCAGUCGUUGUAUUUCAUAGUUGUAAAUGGAGCCACUGUUUUUUUUGUUUUUUUGUUUGUGAGUCUUGGCAUUGUGAUAUGUGUUGACAGACUGCUACAGGUGUGCAUGGAACCAUGACAAUGCAAACAUGGGUGAGCAGCACCUGGUGAAACUUCCUGGAAAGUUAAAUAACGUGUCGCUCCCACAGUGGGAGAUUUUUUUUUUUUUUAAUGUUCAAAAGUCUCGUUUGUAAUUGAACUCACUUUUUAGUCAGAGCUGCGGGACCUCGUUCAUCAAACUAAACUCCAUUGUUCUCAAAGAAAAAGCUGUUUUGUAACCUGUACUGUGUUGCUCAUUUAAAUGUCGUUCAAAGAGAGGAGGGAACUGUUUGUCAGCUUUCUGUAAUUUGAAAAAUGUGAUUCUGCUUGUAUAUGUGCAUAUGUGCACGUACUUGUUCUCCUUUCAUUCCCAUUCGUCCCGUCGCAGAUGAGUUGUGACAGGUCGUCGCCUAACUGUCAGUAUGUGUUUGUAACCUUCCUCUCCUCGUGUGUACUUCCACUUGCGAAUCCUGCAGCAGUAAGACGAGUUUCUGAUGCAGCAGCCAAAUGUCUGCCAGCGAUUUCUGUAUUAUUUCUGAUGCCGCCAUACACAGCUUACACUGUGAGGUAACCGUGGACCUCCUUCUGGUUUAUCCUGAUGUGGUUUCCGGGAUUUCUGCUGCUCCUCUGAUGUUUUGACUCCUGACAUUUGGGACCAAUGAUUGAGCGAGUCUUUCCCAUGCUGGGCACUGUGCAAUGUUGAACAGUAAUUCACUGAAGGGGACACUUGACUUUGAUGUUUUUAAUUAAGGUACCUUUUAACAUCAAUGUGAAUAGAGACAAUCCAAUAAAGGAUCUUUUUGUAAUAAAAAACUGUUUUGAAUCUU